AUGUUUGAAGGAUUUGGUCCAAAUAAGAAGCGUAAGACAUCAAAGUUAGCCGCAGAGCAAUCGUUAGCACAACAACCUUGGGUUGAGAAAUACAGGCCCAAAAAUUUAGAUGAAGUUACAGCUCAAGACCAUGCCGUUACCGUUUUGAAGAAAACCUUAAAGUCAGCUAAUCUACCACAUAUGCUGUUCUAUGGCCCUCCAGGAACUGGUAAAACGUCUACCAUUUUAGCACUAACCAAAGAAUUAUAUGGGCCCGAAUUGAUGAAAUCAAGAAUCUUAGAGUUGAAUGCUUCUGAUGAACGUGGUAUCUCUAUUGUAAGAGAAAAGGUGAAAAAUUUUGCAAGAUUGACGGUAUCCAAGCCUAGCAAACAUGACUUGGAGAACUAUCCAUGCCCACCGUACAAGAUCAUUAUCCUUGAUGAGGCCGAUUCAAUGACUGCCGAUGCGCAAAGUGCAUUGCGUAGAACAAUGGAAACCUAUUCAGGAGUAACAAGGUUCUGUUUGAUUUGUAAUUAUGUGACAAGAAUUAUUGACCCGCUGGCAUCCCGUUGUUCCAAAUUUAGAUUCAAAGCCCUAGAUGCAAGUAAUGCCAUCGACCGUUUGAGGUAUAUCAGCGAACAAGAAAAUGCUAAAUGUGAUGAUGGAGUUUUAGAAAGAAUAUUAGACAUUUCAGCAGGUGACUUGAGAAGAGGCAUCACAUUAUUACAAUCCGCUUCCAAAAGGGCGCAAUACUUGGGAGACGGUAAAAAUAUAACUUCGACACAAGUGGAAGAAUUAGCCGGCGUGGUACCUCAUGACAUUUUAAUAGAAAUCACUGAGAAAGUUAAAAGUGGUGAUUUUGAUGGGAUUAACAAAUAUGUUAACGCAUUCAUGAAGAGCGGUUGGUCUGCCGCUUCAGUAGUCAACCAGCUACAUGAAUAUUACAUCACCAGCGAUAACUUUGAUACGGACUUCAAGAAUCAAAUUUCCUGGUUGCUGUUUACCACGGAUUCCAGGUUAAACAACGGCACUAACGAGCACAUCCAAUUAUUAAACUUAUUAGUUAAAAUAUCCCAACUCUAA